CGGCAUGUCAGCCUCGGAGCUGCGGAACGCCAAGUGAGGCGGUGCAGGCGUUGCCGGGCGGUAAUCUCGCCCGGACGGAGAUGGGGACACGACGCCGACGCCGAAGGGGAGGUGCGGAGGGGCAAUGCUUCAUGCUCCGACGUAUCGCAGCAUCCAUAACAUCCCAAGUGGCCGUGUUUGGUUCGAGCCAUCUCCCGCAAGACUGCAAAACUUGCCACGGCUUGGCAUGUGGGCUGGCUUAUAUAGCCUGCAGCCACAUCUCGCCCCCCACACCCAUGCUCGUACCCAAGCGCGAUGCACGCUCCCCGCCGCCGGCGCCGACGUCCUCCUCCACCCCGCUCGCCGCCGCCACGCCCACGCCCACGCUCACUCUCCCUCGCACACUCGUCUUCGCGGACAUGGAGGGUAGAGGCACCCUCGCGUUCCAGAUCAUGCUCCCGAUUGCCGGGGUGUUCUUUAUUGUGACUCUCUGCUGUAUCUGGGGACCCGGCGGCUCCGAACGGCGCAGCCGCAAGAAGCGCGCGGCCGCCCUCGCCGCGCGCCAAGAACAGGCGCAGCGCGCCGCCGACGCGCGCGCCGCAGCCUACUUCGAAAGCCUCGCCGUCGUGCGCGUCCCCUCGUCCUCCAGUCUGCCCGUCUACGAGCGGGACGCGGGGCGGGACGAGAUUGUGCUCGGCGUCGGGCCAGCGGCGAUAGCUCCGGCUCCGGGGUACGGGGAUACACCUGUGGACUCAAUCACGUACCCCCCGCCGACGUACGUGCCAUCCCCACGCGAUGCCCGGCAGAGUUAGUCCGAGCCCACCCACACCGUCGCCUACUUUAGAUUAGCGCCCUAAUAAUAGUCAUAUAGCUUGUAAUGACCACAGAUUGCCGAGCGGAAAGCAGUCACGG